AUGAUAACGAACGUCGUGUUUAGGCUCGGUAGAGUCGGUAUUAGAGCGGACCAAAGUGGGGGGGGGGGCGGGGGGGGGGGGGGGGGGGGGGGGGGGGGGGGGGGGGGGGGGGGGGGGGGGGGGGGGGGGGGGGGGGGGGGGGGGGGGGGGGGGGGGGGGGGGGGGGGGGGGGGGGGGGGGGGGGGGGGGGGGGGGGGGGGGGGGGGGGGGAGGGGGGGGGGGGGGGGGGGGGGGGGGGGGGGGGGGGGGGGGGGGGGGGGGGGGGGGGGGGGGGGGGGGGGGGGGGGGGGGGGGGGGGGGGGGGGUUUUGUUGUUGUUGUUGAAGUAGUGACUUACGAAUCAAAACAGUUAAGUCAUCGUCCAAUUGUUCCCGUCUACCUCAACGCACAUCAGUUAGCCAGUGAGGUUCGUCUCCCUCUUCGAUUGUAUUUGAACGCUAACAUGCACCCAACAUUUAAGACCCUUGCUAGCGACGCGAAUCUUGGCGCCCGUUAUGUGGAUGAUUAUACAAGCUAUUUAAUUCGAGACGUAAUUACUGAAUCAGAAGUGCCCUUGGGUACUGAACAAGAAACGGUUGGUGCAACCGGUUCGGAUGUGCGGGUUAUCUCAAAGGACUCUGACGAUAAUUCCUGCGGACGAGCCGACCAACAGUGGCCCCUCGGAAGGAUUGCGACACGUCGUUUGGUGGCGAUGCACCGCGCAGCUGCCGCGUUGCAGAAGAGUUUGAAGCCACCCAUUCCAUCUAACUCUCACCGCUUUUCACUUGCUAAAUCUACAUCGCCCAUCAGUCUGUCUUCAUCAAUUCCAUGGGUGAGUUUCAUUGAGAUAACAGAGUCUUUACCCGCCUCCGUAGUUCCAUCUGCCUCGUUAACUUCCGAUGCUAUACCUAGAUGCACUCGGUGUCGCUAUUCAUCACUUUUGGGUAGUUGGUCACUCUGCUAGGGUU